UUCUUGCAUUGUUUGAAUUGAAAGAAAUCCAUAAUUAUUCUUCUAGCGAAAUAUUAUUUAUUUUGUUUGUUUUCCAUUCAUAAUUGGUAGCCGAAAUUGAAAUUAAUGUGGAUUUGCCCAGAUCUUUUGAUUAAAAAAUCUUACUAUAGAGCGUUAGCAACCAAGUUAUUAAAUAACGCCUUCACUAAAAAUAAUGUAACCACUGAUAUUAGUAUAGUUAAUUUUGGAGCAGCAGGUAGCGGAGCCAAAUAAUAUUUUCAGCCAGUAACCGAGCUAUAUUAAACAUUACAUUCCUUCAACAUUCACUUUCGAAUACGCCGGUACAAAGCAAUAAUAGAUUACGGAACAAAUAAUAUAAUUGUAAGUAACAUUCUACCUCAACCAAAAGCAAUAUGAAGAAUAAGUAUAGGAAUACCGAUUCUGCAAUAAAAGCUGGUGAUCUUAUAUUAACUGAACAACCAUUCGCGUUUGUCUUGUCGUCCAAGGAAAAAGGAAAUCGUUGUGAUAAUUGUUUAGAAAAGGGCAAGGUGCUCAAGUGCUCGGGAUGCCAAUUCGUGCACUACUGCGGCAGGUCAUGCCAACGGGAUGCCUGGGGGGAUCACAAGUGGGAAUGUGCGAAUCUUAAGAGGGUGUCUCCUAAAGUUAUACCUGAUGCAGCUCGCAUGCUCGCCAAGAUUAUCAACAGGCUGAGUCGGGGCGACGGCCACUCAUACAGGGCCUUCUACUCUGCAACCUCGUUUAGGAUGUGGAAAGACCUCAUGUCACAUUACUCAGAUCUGAAGACUGAUAAGAAGAGGAUGGAGCAUUUCGCGUCACUAUGUGGCGUUCUACACGAGUUCCUGAAAGACAUCUCAUUGCCGAACACUGUGGAAAUGAUGGGAUUGUUCGGAAGGAUGGUGAUCAACAGUUUCACAAUCUUGGAUAUAGACAUGAACUCGAUAGGGACGGGCGUGUACUUGGCGUGCUCUAUAGUGGACCACAGCUGUGACCCUAACGCCGUGGCGACCUUCGACGGGAAGACGAUCAGCAUCAGGGCGCUGAGAGAUAUGCCUUGUUUGGACUGGAAUCAGAUCCGCAUAUCAUACAUAGACCUGAUGAAGACACCGUACGAGCGGCAAACGGAGCUGUUAGAGAACUAUUAUUUCCUGUGCCAGUGUGACAGGUGCAUGGAUGAGACCCAACUAAAAAUGGUGCAUGCUGCAAAAUGCCUCAAUCCACAGUGCGAUAACCCAGUAGUUAUACCUUGGAAAGAGGACUGCAAACUGGUUAUGAAGACAGAAAUUCAAAAUGGACAUAAAGGCCACGCGAAUGGAAAUCACGAAAACAAUGGCCAAACUCAUAAUGAAAAUGCAAAAGACCUUUACGAUAAUGGUCAAGAUUUUAAUGAGAAUGGACGAGAUUGUAACGAAAACGGUGAAGAUCGUGACGGAAAUGGUCAAGAUCAUAAAGAGAAUGGAGUGAACAGUAUAGACAGUGUACGAUGUGAUGAAUGUGGAACGAAGUAUACGGAAGAACAAAUAGAAAAGUUCGUCAAAGCCAUGGAAUUCACUGAGCUGCAUUUGCAAAGCAUGAAAGGAGCGUCGGUUGCAUACGUGGACGUGUGCAAAUACUGUUUGUCGCGCCAACGCGGCAUUCUGCACCCUUUGAACGUGAUGCAUGCGCAAACGCUGGACCAUGCGUUCGACGCGCUCAUACUGGUGCAACUGUGGGAGAAGGCGUGCGUGUACGCAGAGGAACUCGUGCCUGUUUUCAGAUUUUAUUACGGAGAUAGGCAUCCUCUUUUAGGACUAUUAUAUAUGAAGUAUGGAAAAAUAUUGUUAUACAAGAUGGAUGCGAAGAAAGCUUUGGAGCAGCUCAAAUGUUCAGAAAAGAUAUUAAGGAUCACGCACGGUGUGAACCAUUCCUUAUAUAAGGAACAGUUAAUGCCAUUGCUCUCACAAGCAAUGAUAGAAUCGUCUUAAUAUUUAUAAAGAUUUCAUUAAGUAAUCUUAAGUGAUAAGUACCUACACCAAGUGAAUACACCAAUAUUGUGAAGCCUUAUUUCCAUUUUAAGAUAAAUAUUUCUAUUUUAUACAUUUUUGAAUCACCUGAUGCAGUAACAUAUGUUAAAAGUCAAUACGUUUCCAUUUUACAAUAUUGUCAAUUAAUUUAUCAAUAAGAAAAAAGGCUGUGUGUGCAAUAAAUUUGAUUUCGAAAAA